AUGGGUGAGGUAAAUAAAGAUGCCGUUGAAAAAUACUUGGAGAACAACCCCCAGUUUGCCAAGGAGUAUUUUGACCGAAAAAUGAGGGCAGAAGUGCUGGGAAGUAUCUUUAAAGUGAGCCCUGGAGAUGUGAAGGAAGGAGUCAGCUUCAAAGACAUGUCCCGUCUGGAGGAAUGUAACAUACUUUUUGAGCUGCUAACAGAAAUCCAGGAUGAAGGAGGCACUAUGGAAAAGACAGUGCACAAGGCCCUGCAGAGGCUGGCACAGCUGCUGGCAGCUGAUCGGUGUAGUCUGUUUGUUUGUCGUUCCCGAAAUGGUACUCCAGAGGUAGCGACCAGGCUUCUCAAUGUCACCCCAACUUCCAGCUUUGAGGAGAAUUUGGUGAAACCAGACAAUGAGACUGUUUUUCCUCUGGACAUCGGGAUAGCGGGAUGGGUUGCUCAUACCAAGAAGUUUUUUAAUAUACCUGAUGUGAAAAAGAACAACCAUUUUUCUGACUUUCUGGACAAAAAAACUGGUUAUACAACAAUCAAUAUGUUGGCAACCCCAAUUAUGCAGGGUAAAGAGGUGCUUGCUGUUGUGAUGGCACUCAACAAAUUAGAUGCCACUGAGUUCUCAAAAGAGGAUGAAGAGGUCUUUAAAAAAUACCUCAAUUUUAUAUCUUUGGUCCUAAGAAAUCAUCAUAUGACAUAUCUCUACAAUAUUGAAUCCCGAAGAAGUCAGAUGCUUUUGUGGUCUGCCAACAAAGUAUUUGAAGAGCUAACAGAUAUAGAACGGCAGUUUCACAAAGCACUGUAUACUAUUCGAAUAUAUUUGAAUUGUGAAAGAUACUCUGUUGCUCUGCUGGACAUGACUAAAGAGAAGGAGUUCUAUGAUGAGUGGCCAAUCCGGCUGGGGGAGGCAGAGCCUUACAAAGGCCCCAAGACACCUGAUGGACGAGAAGUCAACUUUUAUAAGAUCAUUGACUAUAUUUUACAUGGAAAAGAAGAAAUCAAAGUCAUUCCGUCACCUCCAGCAGAUCACUGGUCUCUUGUCAGUGGAUUGCCAACAUAUGUUGCUGAAAAUGGAUUUAUUUGUAACAUGAUGAAUGCACCAGCUGAUGAAUAUUUCACUUUUCAGAAAGGACCAGUGGAUGAGACCGGAUGGGUUAUCAAAAAUGUCCUGUCAUUGCCUAUUGUCAACAAAAAAGAAGAAAUUGUGGGAGUUGCAACAUUUUACAAUAGGAAAGAUGGAAAACCUUUUGACGAGUAUGAUGAACAGAUCAUUGAAACUCUCACACAGUUCCUGGGGUGGUCUGUUUUAAAUACUGACACUUAUGACAAAAUGAACAAGCUUGAAAACAGAAAAGACAUUGCUCAGGAAAUGCUUAUGUACCAGACAAAGGCCACCCCUUCUGAAGUUGAAUCUAUACUGAAAUACAAGGAGAAAUUAAAUGUAAAUAGUGUCGAAGAAUGUGAUCAAAAGGAUCUCAUCAGGAUUUUGAAAGAAGAAUUACCUGAUCCAAAAGAUUUAGAACUGUAUGAAUUCCGCUUCAGUGACUUUCCCGUUACAGAGCAUGGCCUGAUAACUUGUGGAAUACGACUGUUCUUUGAGAUAAAUGUUGUUGAAAAGUUCAAAGUCCCAGCUGAGGUCCUUACAAGAUGGAUGUACACAGUCAGGAAGGGUUAUCGAGAUAUCACUUACCAUAACUGGCGACAUGGAUUCAAUGUGGGACAAACAAUGUUUACUCUGCUGAUGACAGGCAAAAUAAAGAAAUACUAUACUGAUCUAGAAGCCUUUGCCAUGGUUGCUGCUGCUUUCUGCCAUGACAUUGAUCACAGAGGGACCAAUAACUUGUAUCAAAUGAAGUCAGCUGCUCCGCUGGCAAAACUUCAUGGCUCUUCCAUUUUAGAAAGGCAUCACCUAGAGUACAGUAAAACCCUACUGCAAGAUGAGAGUUUAAAUAUCUUCCAGAACCUAAAUAAGCGCCAGUUUGAAACCGUUCUACACUUAUUUGAAGUUGCAAUAAUAGCAACUGACUUGGCUUUGUAUUUCAAGAAAAGAACCAUGUUUCAAAAGAUUGUGGAUGCAAUUGAAAAAAUGGAAACAGAAGAGGAGGCAAUUAAAUAUAUAUCUAUUGACCCAACCAAAAAAGAAGUCAUCAUGGCUAUGAUGAUGACUGGAUGUGACCUGUCUGCAAUAACCAAGCCUUGGGAAGUGCAAAGUAAGGUUGCCCUCAUGGUUGCAAACGAAUUCUGGGAGCAAGGCGACCUGGAACGAACUGUGCUACAGCAACAACCAAUUCCUAUGAUGGACAGAAACAAAGGAGAUGAACUACCUAAACUCCAAGUUGGUUUCAUAGAUUUUGUGUGUACAUUUGUGUACAAGGAAUUCUCAAGGUUUCACAAGGAAAUUACACCUAUGUUUGAUGGUCUUCAAAACAACAGGGUUGAAUGGAAAACACGAGCUGAUGAAUAUGAAGAGAAGAUGAAAGUUAUUGAGGAACAAAAGAAAAAGGAAGAAGAAGCAGCUGCCAAAAAAGCUGAAAAUGCAGCUGGAAGUGGUGGUGGAAGCGGAGAGGAUGGAAAAUCCAAAACAUGUAUAAUUUUGUAA